AAAUAUACAACACAAAGAAAUAGAAGAUGAAGAAGAUGAAAAUGGCCCCUUCUUUUCUUUUCUUUAUUUUCCUUUUGGUAACGGAAAUGUCCUCUUCGUCAUCAGCAAACUCCUUUGUGGAUGGCAAAUACAAAACAAAUCUUUUAACUGUGGGCUCAUCAUCUUCUUCGCCUUCCCCGCCGAAGAGUCUUUUGGUGGCAACGCCGGUGGAUGAAGGAGAGUAUCCGGUGGUGAUGCUCCUCCAUGGUUACCUUCUCGAAAACGCAUUUUAUUCCCAGCUUAUGUUGCAUGUCUCUUCCCAUGGCUUCAUUGUCAUCGCUCCGCAGUUAUAUAGCUUCGCCGGACCAGACACGACAGAGGAGAUAAAAUCAACUGUGGAGGUUAUGGAUUGGUUAUCAAACGGACUAAAACACUUUCUUCCAGCACAAGUAACACCAAACCUAUCCAAGUUCGCACUCUCCGGCCAUAGCCGUGGUGGGAAGACCACAUUUGCCGUGGCCUUAAGGAAAUUUGGAUACUCGUCCAGCCUAAAGAUCUCGGCAUUGAUCGGUAUAGACCCGGUCGAUGGGGCAGGGAAAGGGAAACAAACCCCUCCUCCAGUUUUAACGUAUCAACCAGACUCAUUUGACCUAGACAAAAUGCCUGUUCUAGUGAUCGGUUCGGGGCUUGGUGAAACUGGCGCGAACCUGUUUCUUCCUCCGUGCGCGCCUGCCGGAGUGAACCACCGAGAUUUCUUCCAGGAAUGUCAAGCUCCAGCGUGGCAUUUUGUGGCAAAGGAUUACGGGCAUAUGGACAUGCUUAAUGAUGAUACAGGAGGGAUGGGAAGGGUACUUAUUUUUUGUGUAAGAAUGGUAAACAGAGAGUAUAGAUCUCAAGAACUCAAGUUUAAGAAACAAACUUUCUUAUUCACCACUUUCAAUAGCUUAGAAAAUUCACUCAAAAACUAA